AUGAGCUCCCCCAUCAGCAAGAGCCGCUCCCUCGCCGCCUUCCUGAAGCAGCUGCGCAGCCUCGGGCAGCCCCCCAGACCCGUGACAUCUACGGCGUGCUCGCCCCCUCAGCCGCGGGAGGUACCCCUUUGCCCGUUGAUGGCAGGUGGCGAGACGCAGAACGCGGCCGCCCUGCCCGGCCCCACUAACUGGCCGCUGCUGGGUAGCCUGCUGGAGAUUCUCUGGAAAGGGGGGCUUAAGAAACAGCACGACACCCUGGCGGAGUACCACAAGAAGUACGGCAAGAUUUUCCGCAUGAAGUUGGGUUCCUUCGACUCGGUGCACCUGGGCUCGCCGUGCCUGCUCGAAGAGCUGUACCGCACGGAGAGCGCGUACCCGCAGCGGCUGGAGAUCAAACCCUGGAAGGCCUACCGCGACUACCGCGAGGAAGGCUACGGGCUGCUGAUCCUGGAAGGAGAAGACUGGCAGAGGGUCCGGAGUGCCUUUCAAAAGAAACUAAUGAAACCAGUGGAAGUUAUGAAGCUGGACAACAAAAUCAAUGAGGUCUUGGCUGAUUUUAUGGUUAGAAUAGAUGAGCUCUGUGAUGAAAGAGGCCACAUUGAAGACUUAUACAGUGAACUGAACAAAUGGUCGUUUGAAAGUAUCUGCCUUGUGUUAUAUGAGAAGAGAUUUGGGCUCCUUCAGAAGAAUGCAGGGGAUGAAGCUUUGAACUUCAUCAUGGCCAUCAAAACAAUGAUGAGCACAUUUGGGAGAAUGAUGGUCACCCCAGUCGAGCUGCAUAGGAGCCUCAACACCAAGGUCUGGCAGGCCCACACGCUGGCCUGGGACACCAUUUUCAAAUCAGUCAAAUCUUGUAUCAACAACCGGUUAGAGAAAUACACUCAGCAGCCUAGUGCAGAUUUCCUUUGUGAUAUUUAUCACAACAAUAAGCUUUCAAAGAAAGAAUUGUAUGCUGCCGUCACGGAGCUCCAGCUGGCUGCUGUAGAAACGACAGCAAACAGCUUAAUGUGGAUUCUCUAUAACUUAUCCCGUAAUCCCCAAGUGCAACAAAAGCUUCUUAAGGAAAUUCAAAGUGUAUUGCCUGAGAAUCAGAUGCCACGGGCAGAGGAUUUGAGAAAUAUGCCAUAUUUAAAAGCCUGUCUGAAAGAAUCUAUGAGGCUUACCCCAAGUGUGCCAUUUACAACUCGGACACUUGACAAGGCAACAGUUCUGGGUGAAUAUGCUUUACCCAAAGGAACAGUGUUGAUGCUAAACACCCAGGUGCUGGGAUCCAAUGAAGACAAUUUUAAAGAUUCAAGUCAGUUUAGACCUGAACGUUGGCUUCAAGAAAAGAAAAAGAUUAAUCCUUUUGCCCAUCUUCCAUUUGGCAUUGGAAAAAGAAUGUGCAUUGGUCGCAGAUUAGCCGAGCUCCAGCUCCACUUGGCUCUUUGCUGGAUCAUCCGCAAAUAUCACAUCUUGGCCACAGACAAUGAUCCUGUCGAGAUGCUGCACUUGGGCAUUCUGGUACCCAGCCGAGAGCUCCCCAUCGCUUUCUGCCAGCGAUAA